AUGCGUCUGCUGCUGGAGCUAAGGAACACAUCUGAGCCCAGGAUGUCAGAGCACAAGGACAUAUCUAAGCCCAAGAUGUCAGAGCACAUGGACACAUCUGAGUCCGGGAUGUCAGAGCACCUGAACACAUCUGAGCCCAAGAUGUCGGUGCACAAGAACACAUCUGAGCCUAGGAUGUCAGAGAACAGAAACACAUCUGAAUCCAAGAUGUCACACUCCCAGGCCCUUCCUGAAGGCAAACGCCAGAAGCUUCUGCAGAGGAAACGAACCAUGUUCACUGAGAAACAACUAGAAACAUUGAACCAUAUGUUCAACAAGAACCUGUACCCAGACCCCAACCUGAAAAAAGAGAUGGCCUCGAAGAUGAACAUCCACCCAACAGUCCUACAGGUCUGGUUCAAGAACCACAGAGCCAAAGUCAAGAAGGCAAAAUGUCAUGCCCAGCAAACCCAAAAAGCUCAGCCUAUGCAGUUAGCUGAGGAUGCAGCCAAGUCAAGUCCUUUCCAGACAGACGUGGACACGCUGCCCAGGUCCCCGGACAGCCCCUGCCCUGUAGCCCACAUUUAUACCAACCAUGAGAUGCCCUCGUUCCAACUCAGCAUAUGCCCCACCGUUAAGCUCCUCAUAAACCACCCCGGAAGCCACAAAAUAGUCCACUUUGGCUGCUGCCCUGAUACAACCAUAUACUGCCUGCAUCCUCUUUUGGAAUCUCCAGAGCACUCCUCAGGCCUUGGCUCCUCUUCUUUUGGGUCCUUUCCUGUACGAAGAGAGAGAAGCUAA